AAUUUUUGCUUUAAAAAGUGUAUCUUUGAUUUAUUUGAUAACUAAAUAACUUACAAAAUUAGCAAUAAAAUGGCAAAAAGAGAAAGAAAUUAAAACCAAGAUACUUUUAUUCCAUCUGCUAAGCUCAACGAGAAGCAAGGCAUGGCAGAUAAAGAAUACCAAUAGUUCACUUAAGGACUUGUGUAAAUCGGAGAAGAUUUAGAUGAAAGUGUCAUUAAAAGAAGUUAAGUUUUAUAAGCUGACUUAUAAUAAAAGGAAUAAUAAACUAGAGCAAAAUCAGGAGAAAAGAAAAAAUUCAAAGUCAAUCCAAAUUUGAAGAAACAAAUUGAUCCUGAAGUGAUUAAAUAGUAAUUAAAAGAAGAAUAAGAGGCAUUAAAAAAAUAACAAAGUGAAUAAGAUUAAGAAGUUGAUACUUUAGUAACACAAAAAGGUUCUUCGUUCUUUGGGAUUGAAAAAGCCUAACCUGUAACAACAAAGAGAAAGGGAUUUCAUGGCGCAAGAAUAUCUAAGGAAGAAAUUGGAGAUAUUUAAAAUUAAGAUGAUGGAGCAACUGAACUAAAGAAUUACGAAACGAAAUAAGUAAAAAAAUUAGGUUUAUGUUUAUAUUUUAAAUGCAAGUUAUUAUCGUAGGUAGUAGAAGGAACUAUAGAAGAGGAAGAUUUGGCUAAUACACAUAAGCCUGAUAAUAUGUUUGAGCCUACUAAAUUACCAUUUUAGUUAAUAAGCUAGGAUAAUAAAAAUGAUGAAAAAGCUAAACACGAAAUUUUAGAUAGUAAAAAGUUCAAUAUGUUGUAAUUUCCCUCUUAGUUUGUCUAUAAGCUACCCCAAAAUGCUAAAACCAAACUUAAAUUAAAGAAAUUAGAUGUUGAAAAGCUUCAUGAGUUAAAAGAAAUUUUAAGUUUUAAUGCUCAAAAACCAUAUGAUUCUGCUGGUAACUCCAUUAAGUACAAUUAUAAUACAAUUGACUAUUUUGCUUAGAAAGACCCAAAGAAAGAAUAAGGAUUUAAUAUGGGAAAAUUGAGAAUAUACAGUGAUGGAUCUGUUUAGUUUAUCUGUGGUUAAAAUAUUUUUGAUGUGACAGAAGGUGUACAAAAUAAUUGUAAAUAAUAAUUUGUAGCAAUCGAUUAAGCAAAGCAUCUUUUUGAAAAUCCAACUAUUUUUAAUGUAGAUAAUAUCAAUAAAAAGUUUGUAAUUUAGCCAAAUAUAAACGAACUCUAUAAAAAAUGA